AUGUCUGAUCCCACGCCUGAGCAAGAGGCGGCUGCGCGCGCCCAGGAAGCCAAGGAGCAGGCCGCUCUGCCCUACAAAUGGACUCAGACAAUCAGCGAGCUCUCUGUCCUAAUCAAUGUGCCGGGUAACCUCAAGGGCAGAGACUUGGUGGUGGACAUCAAAAAGACAAAGCUGGUGGCAGGCAUCAAGGGCCAGGAACCAAUCAUCAGCGGUGACCUCGCCCAUCCCGUACUGGUCGACGAUAGCACUUGGACUUUGACCUCGGCGCCCGACGGUACCAAGAACAUCGAAAUUCACCUCGACAAGACCAACAAGCAGGAGUGGUGGGCGCACGUUGUCACGUCCGCGCCCAAGAUUGACGUGACCAAGAUCGUACCCGAGAACAGCAAGCUGGGGGAUUUGGUCGGCGAGACCCGCGGCAUGGUCGAGAAGAUGAUGUACGACCAGCGCCAGAAGGAGGCAGGCCUGCCGACCAGCGAUGAGCAGAAGAAGUUUGACAUACUCAAAAAGUUCCAAGAUCAGCAUCCAGAAAUGGACUUUAGCAACGCCAAGAUCACGUAA